AGAGCUUGCGCUGAAGGCGUUCAUAAAAGCCAUAGUGAAGAUCAUGGGCUCUAAAAUCAGCCCUAAAUGGAAGAUUGCGGUUUAGUUAACUAGGACUCAGGUUAGGCUGACUACGCGUUUGUGGGUAGGCAUACCCUUGGAGCCGAAGAAAGCUCUGUCCGAUGGCGGCAUUGUGUUAUCCACCUUCACUACAAAUGGAUACACGCCUGAAGAUAUUCCGAUUUGAGGCAAAACCACGAAACCUAAGCUCAGGGGUCCACUAUCAUACAGACGAGCAGGAGCCAUAUUCAGACUCAAUCUUCGGCCAAGAAGUAGCGGAGCCGCUAGGCCAGGCUUUUGCGUGCAGCAAUGGAGCUGAUGGAAAAUGGAAUGAUCAUGAUGGAUGGCUUAUAACCUUGCACGGAUCAAAGCUACGGGUCCUCCAUGCCUAUUUCUCGCAAUCGUAUCUAUUGCAGGUCAACAGUCCCGUCCUUCCUCUCGAACAGCGCCUUCCGGUGUGGUGUUCGCCCCAGUUCAAUUUGAAAUACCCAAACGAGUGGGACCAAGCCCUUCGAAUGGUCAUGGGACUCAUAUGUCCCAGACCAUGCCCUUCUCCCCCUACCCGUUCGUCUUCGUCUUCUCCCUUUCUGCCUUUCAUGACUCAUUGUUUUGUGUUUUUGCACCGUCUCUUUAUUGUUUUGUUGUUUGAUUUUGCGUAAUAACAUGCUUUAAUGUCACCGUGGAUUGAUUAAUAGCGAAUGAAUUUAUUGCCUUCGUAAAUCUUAUGGAUGGCGCCCCACCACCACCACCACUGAUCGAGAU